GCACGAAACAGCGGAGCACCCGCUUCAACAGAAUCCUCUCUGUGUGGCUGCAGGUCUCUGCUCGCUCCGUCCUAAGGUGACUGACCUGAGCUACAGAGUCCGCCUUUCGACAGUAGCUGCUGUGCGGCGGACACAGACACAGCCACUCAGAAAUCUGCAGCUUCUCUGCUCCGUUUGGUGAGGUGGCACGUUCACGCGCUUUCGUGGAAUGUUGAGGCGUGAACGCGGUUCUGCUCUGCGCGUGGAGGCUGCGCACAAUGUGGUUUAACGUCAUCACCACAGAAAAGUUUUCAUAGUUGGUGUUUUUAGGUUGCAGAGAUGGGAUGUUGUCUUAAUGGCUGAUGGAAAAGAACCUAGACCGGUUCCACGCCAAGAUGCUGGCUCGUAAGCGCUUCCUCCUCCUGGUGGUGGUGGGGGGAGUCGUGCUGGCCAUCGUCAGUGUGAGCCUUCAGUUCUGGAACCUGACCCCUGCCGCCCCCAUGGGGGAAAAGCGGCCGGCCACAGCUUCAGGAGAAGGCUUUUUUUUGGGAAAGAGCAGAAAGCGAGUGUUCCCGGUGACCCAAACCCAAGAGCCUGACCCCAUCGCUGAAGCUUACAGUUACUGCAACACCCCCAACAGAAGCGAGCAGGCCUGGGAGGGACACAGUCCAGCGGACUACAAGCUGCUGUCCGUCCAUGUGAUGAUUCGACAUGGAGACAGAUAUCCACUUUACUCCAUCCCAAAAACCAAGCGACCGCCCAUCAACUGCACCCUGUCAACCAGCAGGAGACCUUCACACCCGCUGCUCAAGACCUUCGUUAGUCACAUGGCUCAGAGUGGGCGUGGCCACUGGGACUCCCCACUGGCCUCUCUUCCACGUCUCCCCAACCACAGUGCGUGUGAGAUGGGGGAGCUCACUCAGACAGGUGUAGUGCAACAUCUUCGCAAUGGGCAGCUCCUCCAGCAAGCUUACAAACCGCACAGGUUUCUGCCUUCUGAUUGGUCAGCACGUCAGGUGUGGCUGGAGACCACAGGUAAGAGUCGAACCGUCCAGAGUGGACUUGCUUUCCUCUAUGGGUUCCUUCCAGACUUUGACUGGAAGAAGCUGACCGUCCAUCAUCAGUGGAACACCCUCUUCUGUGGUUCCUCGUGUGACUGCCCUGCCAGGAGCAAAUACCUUGAAGAGGACCAGAGGAGGCAGUAUCUCCUCAGAGUGGCAGAUGCUAACCUGGAGAGGACUUAUAUCACCAUGGCACGAACACUAGGCCUACCCCCGCGGCAGCUCCGAGCAGCCAACCCCAUAGAUUCGCUGCUGUGCCACCUGUGCCACGGCCUGCCCUUCCCUUGUGCUCCCAGCGGAGAUGGUGCUCCUCCGAGAUGUCUGACCCGGGAGCAGUUUGCCGUAAUCCGUCAGCAGCAGCUGGAUGACGAGGCAGACCGGAGACGCGUGGGUCUCUACCGUAAAUAUGCCGUCCUUGCCAUGUUCCCCUAUCUCAAUCGAACUGCUGCCAGGAUGGAGCGAGUGGCCAAGAGCAGCGAGGCGGGCCGCCAGCGGCGGGCGGGGAUGGAUGAGGUCUUCACCCUAUCAUCUGCUCAUGACGUCACUUUGGCUCCGCUGCUAAGUGCCCUCGGUCUAGAGAAGGCCCAGUUCCCACGUUUUGCUGCCAGGAUAGUCUUUGAGCUGUGGAGAGGCCUCCCUGUCGCACCAGGGCAGGUGAGGAGGAAGGGGGGCAAAGGUGAGAGGCCAAAGGUGAACAGUAGAGACGUGUUCAUCAGGGUGCUGUACAACGGCGAGGAUGUGACAUUUCACUCGGCGUUCUGCAGGUCUCAUGCCCGCCGUGUCAGCCAGCCUCUCUGCCCUCUGACGAACUUUCUGACAUUUGUCCGGAGGGACAUGUUCCAAGUGGUCAAUGCCACGUCGUACAGCGAGGCCUGCUACCGGCGCUUUAAUUGAUAGGGACAGUCGCCCAUUGAUGGUACGCCUCCCGGGAUUAGGUUGACCUCACAGUGAAAGAUGGUACAAUUCCACCAGUUUUUGAACUCAUUAUUCACAUUACUGUUCUCAACAGCAUCAGGAGGUCUUUAUUACCACAACAUUUUUAGAAAACAACUCAACAAGGAGUUUCUUCGCUUUCUUAAACCUUUCACAAAUGGGAACAACUAUGAGAAGACAUUCAGAACUGGAUCUGUAAUCCAGGCUAAUAAAACUGUCAGUCUUAAUUUUGAAGAACUUUUGGGAGAAUUUUGGUUUUGUCUUUACAUUCCUUGAAGGAUUUGAUGUUUUCAUGUUCAGAUUUUUGUACUUUUUUAAAGUGACAUCCUAAUUCUUUAUAUAGAUUCACAGAUACAGUCAGUGUCUAGUUAUGAGUUUGCUGCUAAAUUUAAAACUUUGCAUUUUACUCUGAAAUAAAUUUAAUAAAUGUCAACUUUGAUUACUUUUGUACUGUAAAGCACAUAAACAUUGAACUAAAAGUUCAGGUGUUUUCAGUUACAGUUUGGGUUUUUCUGAAUUAUUAAGUCUUAAUGAAAAAUCAAAAAAAUAUUGAUUUGAAAGGCUGGUAGUAAAAUACAUUAAGCUAUCAACAGGAAGCAUUAAGAGAAAAAACAGAAAAUAUAUUUGUUCUCUGACCUUAUAAAAGCAUAUUUUCCUAAAAUAAACUGGGCAUCAUUCAGAGGUUUUGCUGGACUGCAAGUACCUGCAUUUUACCACUAGGUGUCAGCUUGGCUCCACAGACUGUACAACAGGCUCCAUGAUCAUCUGCUUUAUUCACUUGUUCACUUUGUAAACAGGCUGCAGGGAAGCAGCACGUAGUCGUACAUUUAUAGGAACGAAUAGCCGUAAGUGUCUGUUUUCCACAGAAGUCAUGUGUCAUCAUCAUUAGGAUCAUAAGAAACGUGUAAAGCGAAUCCUCUAAAGUGCUUCAGUCUGUGUUCCACGUCAGGACGCUGAGAACCAGGAACAGAACGACGAGAAGGAUGAAAGCAGCUCAGCGAAUGUGAAUCCUUACAGAACAGACAUAUUGAUGAUGAAGACUUUUCAUAUGCCCACUGACUUUAGUAUAAAUGUGGUAUUGUAGGGAAUUCCAUGACAACCAAACAUCCAUGUAAAAUAUUUAUCUUGCUUUUAAAGCUCACUUCACAUUUGCUGCUGAGUCAGAAUUUAAAGAAUGUUUCAGUUGCAUCCAAAAAGACCUCCCCUCCCACUUCUAAGCUCUGAGCCAGCUGACAGAGCAGCAGACCUUCACCAGGAUGGAGUCUUUCCCCUGGGGCUCCUGACCCCCUCCCCCUCAAAAAAAGAAAAAAAAAACUGAUGUCAUUGCCGCAGCACUAGGGGGAGCAGCGAUUUCCUCCUCCUGCAACUCGCUCAUUUUUUAAUGUUGUUAUGCGGCUUUUGCGCAGACACCACACUUUCUGUGUGUGUGCACGUGGACGUGCACGAGACAGAAAAGAGUAAAGACAGAUGAAGCCGGAGCUUCAUCCUUGUGCUUUCAGCUUGUUCUUCUGACCUCAGAACGUGAUCAGCCUGACCCGAGCUGGCUCCACAGAUCAGAGGAGAAUGUUUUCAAACAGUCAUGAUACCCAAUGUCUGCAGCCGAACAGCCGUGAUGCUGUCUUCUGCAGCCAAACGACCAUGAUGUCAUCAUCUGCAGCCAAACGGCCAUGAUGUCAUCAUCUGCAGCCCAACAGUCCUGAUGCCGUCAUCAGCAGGCAAAUCAGAAAACCCAACGUUUUUGGAUGUUUGGUGCCUAAGUGUGAGCAAAAGUAAGAAGCAGAAAAAAGUUUAAUCUUAUCGUCAUGGUCAGAAUACAAAAGAGGGGACAGUUCAAUAAGGUGACAUCUUGAAAAGGUAAUUAAAAGAUUUAAUAGGGAAACAGAAAUUAAGCAUGAAUAGUCAGUAGUGUUUGGCAGUUGGACUCUGGGCCAAAGACAUCUUGCAUGCUUGGGAUAACCUCGGACCAAGGGAAGCAACCCCUGAGCCCUGACGCUUAUGGUGGUUAAGGCCAAACUGUGUCAAAUCAAAGAGCCAGGAGAAGAACGGGGUGGAGUUGGGCCGGCAAAAUGUAAUGCAGAUCCUGCAAGUGCAAUUUCUACAUCAAAAGUCCUAAAGAUGAAGAAGGCUGUUGUCUCACAAUCAUGGAGACAGAUAUGAGAUAUAUGAAACUGCUCAGCAACAGGUUUUGAUUCUUCUGUUUUAAAAAUAUCUUCACUGGUAAUCCAAAUGCAGACUAAGGGUGUGUGUGUUUGUGUGUGUGUUGCUUUAGGUCAGCUAAUGCCAAAGUGCUGCAUGUGUGUUUAUGUCUGAGCAGAAGCAGCGACUAGUAUGAAGCUCUGUAGAUGUUCACAUGCAGCUCACGCAAGUCACGCAUUCGCCUUCCACAGUUAAAAUACUUGGAGUGCCCCCCCCCCCCCUUAUGUGUUCUUACCUGUUUGUUAUUCAGUGAAGUGGAAGAAGGUUCUUGUUAGCUAAAAUAAUCAGGAUUUAUGAGUCUGCAUCUGCUGUAAGUGACGGGUAAGAAGCUCUGGCCAACACGCCGCGUGCACGGCCGGGAUAAUUGAAUUUGGUCAUUACGGACUCGUUCCUCCAUCAAGGACUCGUUCAGUUUAUCAUCAAUCUCAUGCACACACUUACGUUUCUCCAAGUUCCUCCUCUCUGCACUCAGUGAACACUUUUUAAAACUGCGUUUUAGAGGACAGAAGCACCUUUCCGUCAGAAGUACAUGCAUCACUCUGCCUAUCACGCUCUGAUGAUCGAGCUAUCCUGCAAGCAUCUUCCAUCUUCAGCCUCUGCACUCUAACUCUGUGUUUCUAAGUGGAAGAAAGGAUGAGAUGAUGUGCACGUCUGUCUUGGCAAAAGCUGACGUGUCUUUGAGCGGGAAGAACUCACUGAUGGAUCUUUAGGAAGGAUUUUUACAAAGAUGUUAGACUGCCAGCUGGUUGGAACAAUUCUGUGGAGAUGAAAACUCAGAAAUGGAUCUCAAAUGUUAACACAUAAGAGGCGCUUUAACAAAGUAGAGUGCAAAUGAGACAUACGUAUGGAUAGCACUGGAGCGAUAUCAAUGCAUACAAAUGUACAGUGGAGCAAGAGAGUAAAGGAGGAGAGAGAUGAAGCUCUUUGUAAAUAGGUCAGGUUGUUUGCCGUCAUAUGCAGAUAUGCACAGCGUGCAGCCGCUAAAGACAGAAGCUGCAGCUGCUGACAAAAAAGGACGACACAAAAAGAAAACACGAGGGCUAAAUGAUCUGAAGAAAAUAGACAAAUAUCUAGAAACAUGGACAACGCUUGAAAGAUCUGAUUAUUCUAAAGCCUCCUGAAGACUAUUUUUUUUUAUAUACUCCUGUUUAUCUUAAGCUAAAGCCUCCAAUUUGUAUUUAAAGAUUGAAUCCAGCUCCUUUGACCAUUUAGAAACAAGAAACUCAACCUCGAAAAAUUAAUUGCAGUUGUGGUAAAAACCUAAAACUUCUGAUGUCAUUGAGCUCACAGCGAGGCAUGGAGGUGGUAGCAUCAUGACAUGACCAUUGUUGGGAAUACAUGUUGGAUGUUAAUAAAUGCUGGACAGAACAUGAACAUGAAACAAAGUUGUUGUUAAAAAUAUAGCAGAAUAUAAGACAAUUUGGUGUUUGAAGCUUCCUAAUUAAAGGGUUAAAAAUCAAAGAUAAUAUUUGUAUUUUUGUCUAAAUAACUGACAGAAGUUGCACAUUUUCUCUCAAACUUGUAGUUUUUAGAAGUUUGUUUGUAAACGUGUCAAAAAUAGCUUUUCAAAAACCGGUUUUAAUGUGUUAACCCUGUAACCUCGGAGAUGUUGCUAGGGACACCUAAAUAACAGAUGCUUUUUGAUACGUUGUUACUCUUCAACCGUUUUUACGCAACAAACAUAAUUCCAGAGGAUCUUUCCACUAAGAAAAGCAGCGCAAAUCCUCCGGAAUUACAAACCCCACAACAGUCUUUUUCUAGAUCUCUCUCCAGGUAUCUCCAACCUCAGUAUCCUUUCACCAACAUCAUCGUUGUUCCUCCUCUCAAUGUGUCCAAAGCAUCUCAAACGGCUUCUAUGCAUUGAUCUCCUAAACAUUUACCAUGGGCUCUUCCUCUAAACAAGAUCUAAUCAACAUGUGCUCGCCUCCUUCGACUCUAAUGUCUCCCUUUGUCUCUCUCUUUUUUUGAAAAAUGUCUUCUCCAUUGACAUUUCCAUACUUUUUGUGAAGGUAUUCAUCAUCUGUUCUUCUGUUUUCCAGUCCUUCACUCCAAACUUUUACGUUACUUCCCUAGUCUUUAUUUCCAAAGUCACGUGUCUGUUAAAGUCUGCUCCAAUCAUCACUCUCCAUCCUUCACAAUUUUCUCUUCUUUCUCCAGACUUUCUCCUACCUAGCCAGUGACAGCACUCACCGUCAGACCUUUGAAUUCCAUCUUCAGACUAAUCAUCUUCUCUGACCCUAUCUUCACCUCCAGAACCUUCUUAUCAACUCCUCCUUCAGGAUCUCUCCUCCUCCAUUCUUCUAUCCAUCCACUCCAUAAUCAAACAUCUUGAAGCUGCUUCCAGUCUUUAAGCCUUGAUCUCUUUCCAUCUGGUCUCCCAAACCCACAGGAGAUCCACCUUUCUUUUUUCCAUCAUGUCCAUCAACUCUCUAGUUUUCCUGUCAAACUUCCUCCAUUCAAAGUCCAAAACUGUUGUAGUCCUAAAAGGUAUUAAAGCGAAUUCUGAAAAAAAUGAUAGCAAAGUUGAUAAAGUUGACCCCACCCACAAAGUGAGCGUCCAGCAGGUCACCUACAGAUUUAGCUGCUUUGUGCCCGAUAUGAUUGUCGUCGGGAUUGACUCACACAUGAAAUAAAUAAAUAAAGCGUUCAUACUGCUCAAUGUUUAAUCAUUUUCCAACAUUUUGUUCUGUAAGGUUUGUAAGUAAAGUAACUAGGAAGAACAAAACAGACUGGUGAUAUAAUGACGAACACGUCAUGUCUAUGACACAUUGUGGCUUUUCAACUUUUCAUUGCACCUCAUCUUGUAGUUUUCACGAGCAGAUAAGGUUAGUGCCCAGCCUGUUUGGAGUUUUUUUAAAAACUUUUUUUAGUUAUUAGAAAAUAUUAGAACAAAAAUCACGGAAAAGAUUUGAACGAAGAUCACCAAUUUUUUUUUUUAUUGAAUGCACUGCUUCCAUCAUAACGCCAUCAUGUUUUAAAAUGUUCCCUGACCGACUGACUUCUGCAGAAGUCGCUGUUUCUUCCCUUUCAUGUGUCUCACCAGCCCUGCUUCUCUCACGCUGCUCAUGUCCAAGGAGUUGGAGCAAAGUCUGCAUUUUGCUCGUUUCUGGUGCAAAAUGUGUUUCAGGGUCUUUCAGUGGCCCCAGUUGAUACCUCUCCUUGAAAAGCCACUUGUUGUUAAAGCUUCAUUUCCCGGCAUUUCGUAGCAUUUCACGAUAGCAAGCUGAAGGUGCCAUGCGCUGAAACUGACGACAACUAAAACUGCUUUACGGCAACAAACUCCCAUCACCAAUAGAGUCAGGUUGAACUUCUGCCACAAAGUCUCAUGUUAAACUAUAUAUAUAUUUUUUGCAUCCAAAAUAUAAAAUUUUCAUGACUUUUCCAAAUCUUUACAGAACUUUUUGUUUUUCGCAAACUUUUCAAGGACCUAAAAAUUACAUUUUCAAUUUCCAAAACUUUUCCAGGUUUUCAUUCCAUACAAACCCUGAAUACCCUUUGUUCUUUAAAAUAUCAGUGGUUAGUCUUUACUGAUGGUUACAGUUGCUCUACGAACGAUAGUCCUGUACUGAAAUAUAGAAAACAGAAAACUUUCAUCUCUAAAUUUAGUGAUUUUCUGUUUCAAACCUUAAAAGUUUGGCAUGUUUCCUUUUAGAUUCUCUGUGAAUUCCCCAAAUAAAGAAAUCAAAUGGAUGUGUGGUUUCUUCUCACUGACGUGGCUGCAGAAAAACACAUCCCACAGUAGAGCAGUGAACCCACAGAUGGGCUUCUGAGCAAUAAUGUUCUGAAAGUUCACUUCUGCAUCUGUGGGAGGAGUGAGGAAUCCUGCAGUUCCAUAGCAGAGACCAGAGGUACGCAGAUCAUUGUGUUGAGUAAAUUUGUAAAUAAUAAACAAUCUGAGAGGAGAUCCAAACACCCUUGUGAGAGAAAAGAGGAUUUUAGUUAAUCACACGUUUUUCCAACAACGUCCAUUUGAGGAAGUCUUUUAAGUGAAGGAUAUGAUCCUUCUAUAAAACUUUAAAUUAUUUCUGAUUUAAAGUGUUUUCAAUUUUGUUUGCUUUUAACUCAAAACCAGUAAAGUUUCAGGAAGAUUCUUUGUUGAUGCAGUUUUAUAUACAGAAAAUUCUCUCUUCUGCUGAGUGACAUCAAGACCAAGAGGAUGUAAAGAUGUGGGGCAUUACUGGGCUGUAUAGGGAUGAAACUAAACAUUUUUUAUUGACUGUAAUUCUCUGUUGCUAGAAUAUUUUGAGUCUCAUAAAGCCAAGACCUUCCUGGCUGAGAGGCUGCCUAAUGGUGUCCUGUAAUUAAAUGCUGAUACUCAUAAAAUAGCUCAUGAAAGCACUCCAAAGUUGUUUUUAGACUUGGUAGAAGUGGCUGCCUUUGCGCUGACUUUGAGAAAAAGAAUGACCCCUCUUCCAUGAUGUUAGACAGUGACAGCUUGUGAAUAGUUUGAAUUUAUUACAACUUAUGAAAAAGUUGAAUUUAUUUUUUCACUUAAUUUGGUUUAGAUGCAUUUUGCCAGACGUUUUUGUGAAGGUUAGCUCAUAAAUUCCCUCAGAAGUUUACAUUUUAUAAUCGCUCAUGUAGUUCACUCACAAUUUGAGCAUUUUCUCACAAACACAAGUUAAAACUAGUUAUAAUACAAGUUGGAGAUAUCUGCGAUUGUUCUGUGACUCACAGGGGGAAGUUUUUUAAUGCAAGUUUGUUUUAUAAUUAACACCGACACUCGAUGAGGUUCAGCUACUACCCAAAACAAGAAGCAGAGUGUGCUAAUUCUUCUGCAGGGGGAACUGGGUUCGAUGAAAGCUACAGUUUUUAUUCAUUGCUGAAAGCGUAUUUAACCUUUAAAAAGGCAAAAAUAAAUAAAUAAAAGAGUCUGUUGGUAUAACUGUGGUAAGAUGUAAAAAAAUAUUCGACUACCCUAUGUAAAGUGGAAAAUGAUGCCAUAAAAAAAACAUACAGUUGUGUGUUGCUCCAAAAUCAAAUCCGAUGUUCUUUGCUUCUGCUAUUAGAUCAAUACGUCUCAAUUCUGCUUUACGGCAGAAAUCCAUACUUCUGUUUAGAAUUAUUAUUUACAAAUCCUCCUCUGGUCUCGUCAGUCAGCAGAGGAGGGGAAGUUGCAGAAACAAUGAGGGUAAAUCAAUGGACUCACCAAACAAAGCCCCCCCCCACAGAGCCCCAGCACAGGCCAAAUGAAAGCUGCAUAAUUAUGACUCAAUAUUUGCUUUUAACCUUUUACAGUUAUGCAUAUUCCUCUCUGAGCAGAGGAAGAGUCUGCAGCUUCAGUCUGAUGUUUUGAGGAGCUACCAUCAGCUCUCGGAUGUGUCCUGACCCUGUCAGAGCCAUACCUACACCCUCCUGCACACACUCUGUAACACCCAGCCCCCCCAUCCAAAACCCCCCAAUCACAGCCUGCUGUUUACACCCCCUUCAUAACAAAUCGCUGAUAUCUGACAUAACACCAUUCCCAUAAACAUACACAUCUCUGCAAUAUUGCUGCUGAAUGGAGAGCCUGGGAAGGUGAUGUUGAAUGCAGAUGUCUAAACACGUUCUGCACGCGCUGCGCAUGACUGAUGGACGAUGGUCAUCAAGUCAUCAAGCCACGUUUUCACCACAGGAGGAUAACCCCGCUGUCAGACAGGUUUUCACAAAAAAGGUUUAGAUUAAAGCUGAGUUUGAUCUUCUGUAACUUAAAGAGUUUCCUGAUGAAAUGAAAGUUGUAUUAUAAUAAAAUAAAAUGAAAGAAGUUUUUGUUUGUAUGCUAAUCUAAUUUUAAGGAAGGGUUGGAUAAAUCAGAGUUCAAAGGAAGUCUCAGCCUCCACAAACAGUGAAGCUCCACAGAUUUGCAUCUCCCUCCCACAGUCCACAAACAUGCUUCCCUGGAAACGUUCUUCAACAUGCUGACUGCAGAUUGUCCCUUAGAUGUGUUUCUUUGUGUGUGUCCCUAUGAUGGACAGCUGUUCAUCCAGGGGAGGGGGUGGGACAUUUCAGACCUCAAGCCUAGCGUGCCUGCAUGUUUUUCAGAAAUCACUGCUCCACUCACAGCUGGUUACCUGGAUCAGGUGUGUCCAGCCAGUAGAACGUGUGAGAGAUCAGGGUAUGUUGGAAAACGAGCAGGAUUACGCCCCUCUGUGUCCACCCCUGGAGCUUCAUCCUUCAGUAGUAGAGACAAACUUUAGCAUCCAGCAAGCAGGUAUAGGAUCGGUAUGAGGCAACAGCCUAAUAUCUCCCAAAAAUUAUUAUUUCACUCCAAAACACCCAAUAAUAAUCAAAUAAUUUAAAAUGUGUUCCCGUGUUCCUCAACCAAAUCAAUGUUUAUUAAAAAAAAUCUACAACUUAUUACAAUCUUUUCGUAAUAAUGGUCUGAUUUGCAUGAUUUAGCAUUACAAAAGUCCUUUAUAUGUUCUACAUGGUUUGAAAUUUCCUGUGUAUGAGACCUGGUGCUCUAAGCAAAAUAUUACUGUGUAAAGAAAUUAUGUUGUGUAAUUUUUGAAAAAGUUCCAAUGGGUAAUAUUUUGUCCAACUAUUAAACCUUCUUAUUUGUAUGGAAGGUUGUUUUUUUUGAGAAGAAACUUUUCUACUGAACAGCAUCCAAAUCCACCAGAUUCUCCUGAUGGCCUGCAGAGUUUCUUCAGUGGAGAUUAUGACUUUAUUUUCUUCUUUCUGGUUUGAGGCUUUCAUUGAACGGAGUUUCAGAUAAACCAUCGUAUUGAUAUUUUUGAUAAUCAAACAGGACAUCUGCAAUUUUAAUCUCUGAUGACUUCAUGAUUAAAAAAAACCCUGAUGCAAGAGAAGAGACGCAGAAGGAUGCAGUACGUGUACUUUCCUCUCCAGAAGAACUGUGCAGGUCUAAUAGUUUCAUUCAUCUGUGAUGGAGAGAUGUAAGAAGACGAGAACGCUGGAUCCCAGCGUACAUCAGAAAUAGAUGACUAACCAAAGAGGAGGGUCCAGUCAGCCUUGACCACAAUCGAUUGGCCUUCUUUAAGUGUCUUCGAUUUAGACUCAGUCUCCUCCCUCUCAGGUAAUCUCUCUGUUUACAUGGUCCUUUUUUCCUUCGUGCCUCCCCAGCAUGUUUACCUAACCUGUUUUUCUUUCUCAUGCAUUUAAUCUUUUGGUCAUGUUUAUCUUAAGUUGUGUGCUUGUUUCCUUUGAUCCAUGCGUUCCCACAUUUCUUAGUCACUGUGAAAUACUGCUCCCCUCAUCCAUCUCUGUCUGUCUGUACCCCCCCCCCCCCACACACACGCCCCUCUUUUGAGCUAGUAUUGAUUGAGUCCUCACAGCUUCAUCAGGAUUCUCCUCGUUGGAGUUAGCCCCAGGGCAGUAGAACCUGCUGCAUGUCAGCUUGUCACAGCAGACCUCCUCAGACUGUUUCAUGCUUCUAGAGGAGAGUUCCAGGCCUCCCCCGAUCUGGAGCUCUUCUGUCAUGAAGGUAUAAAAACAAUAUAUUGGAGGUAAAGACUCAAUUGUAAGUCUGAGUCAAACAUUCUUUUUACUUCAAAAAAGUUCUAGUUUAGAGACAUUUUUCUGUUCUUAGUGCCAGGUCUUUGAUUUAGAACCUUGCA